AUGUCAUCAAAAGGGGAAACAGAGGCCGAUUCUGGCACCGUGUCGCCAAAUCUACCUGCCGUCAAAAAUGAACCGGCUCCAACAGCGAGCAAGGAAACACCUAAAAGGGGCAGUGGUACUCUAUUAAAAUGUACUACAUGUAACAGUUUUAGUACUCUAAGCAGUCGAGCCUUAACCACACACAUGGCACAGUGCUCACCUGACAAUAAUAAUGUGGCGGCCGCUCAGAACACAGAGGCUAGACCACACAGAAAACUAUUCGAGUGUGAUGUAUGUAACAUGAAGUUUUCUAAUGGCGCCAACAUGCGACGCCACAAAAUGCGCCACACCGGUGUCAAGCCUUACGAGUGUCGCGUGUGUCAGAAGAGGUUCUUCAGAAAGGAUCACUUAGCGGAGCACUUUACGACCCAUACAAAGAGCUUGCCGUACCAUUGCCCCAUAUGUAACCGUGGCUUCCAGCGACAGAUAGCCAUGCGUGCACACUUCCAGAACGAGCACGUUGGCCAGCACGAUCUCGUCAAAACUUGCCCGCUCUGUAGUUACCGAGCGCCGACAAUGAAGAGUCUUCGGGUCCAUUUUUUCAAUAGUCAUAACGUUUCCGACAGACACGGAAUCGAUCUGGACAACCCGGGGCCCGGUAACAACUCUGUUUCCCUUCUCGCGGCCGGCAUAGCCAACGCCGCUUAUGCUGACGGCACUAUGGACCCCAGCGCCAUAUCAGCAUUGGGGGCAUUAGGCUCUGGCCUCUCAGUGUCUGUAGCGGCUGCUUACUCAGAUAGUGGUGACAGCAAUGGAGAACGUUCAGUGGACAAUGCAACCCCACCUAUGCACUAUUUGACCCCACAUGUAGAAAUAUCUAUGGCCGAUAAUAACGAAACGUUCUCACCUGGCCAGAAUAACCACCAAGAGUCUCGUAUGAAUGGUUCAGGGUCACCUCAGUCAGAGAGUGCUGCUAGUAGUUCCCUGGCAUUGCCUGCUAUAACACCUUCCAUCACACUCAUACCCAUUAAACAGGAACCUAAUGCUCAGGAGGAAGGUUCAGGAGAUGCUGGUGAAGGGGAAGACAAACGUGAUGUGUCAUCAUCACUGUCUUCACUCAUACAAGUGUCGCCGCUGAAGAGUUUGCUGCGAGAGGACCUGCGUAGACGCAUCUCAGCAAGGGGGCGGUCUAGAGCCAAUAAUGCGUCAAGAGCCUCCCCUUCGGAGGGGGGAGUGACUACUUCAACUCAAGGCGACGCAGCGCUACUACCCUCGUCGCUUGUCUGCUCGUUCUGCUGCAUCACGUUUCCUGACUCCACGCUAUACUUCCUGCACAAGGGCUGCCACUGCGAUGCUAACCCCUGGAAAUGUAAUAUUUGCGGCGAGCAGUGCUGCAACGUUUACGAGUUUAAUUCCCAUCUGCUGUCGAAGAGCCACCAAUGA